CCGGGAGCUCCCCGCUGCCGACAGUCAGAACUCAGGCUCCGUCCGUGUCCACGGGACUGCCGCUGUCCCUGCUGACCUAGGAGCCCAGCGCCCCUUCCCUGCCCACCCCUCGGCCAGCUCUGGACCCCCGGCCCGGCCCUGCACCCCGCUGCCCACUUCUCCUGACCCCUCGGCCGUCCCUGCAGAAGGCUGGAGCAGGGACGCCGUCGCUCCGGCCGCCUGCUCCCCUUGGGUCCCCGCGUGAGCCCACGCCGGCCCCCGUGCCCACCCGCAGCCCUGCCCCUGGACACCGGAUAAGGCCCAGCGCACAGACCCCCGAGUGGACAGCAUGGACCGCGACGCCCGAACCCUGGUCGUGGCCCUACUGCUGGCCAUCUGCAGCCUCAAUCCCACAAGUCUUGCAGAAACAGUACAUUGUGACCUAUUGCCUGUGGACCCCGAGCAGAGCGAGGUGACAUAUACUACGAGCCAGGUCUCCCAGGGCUGUGUGGCCCAGGUGCUCAGCACAGCUCUCGAAGUCCAUGUCCUCUUUCUGGAGUUCUCACAGGAGUUGUCAGAGGUGGAGGUGACUCUCCAGGCACCUGAACAAGCUGGCAUCCAGCCCCGAGAGGUGCUCCUGGUCCUCAGCCCAAACAAGACCAUCUUCCUGCAACUGAAGGCCCCGGGGAUCCCCCUCUACCUGGUCUAUAACCCCAACCUGGUCUUCUUCCAAGAGUCCGCAGAAGUCAACGUCACACAUCUGCCACCCUUCAUGCUCGAGACUCAGGUGCUUGAAUGGGCAGCUAAACACGGUCCGAUUGCCUCUUCUGCCAAGCUGAACAAUCCCCACAGAAUCCUCCUCCGUCUGGGCCAAGAUGAAGAAACAGAGGCCCAAGGACUUGCCCAGGAUCACUCAGCAGCCCGGAGCCCACCGUUCAUCUGCCUGCCCGAAGCUCACGUGGACAUGGGCCGCAGGCUCGAAUGGCAGCCACGCGACCCGGUCUCGGUCAAGGGUUGCCGCUUCGAGGGCGUGACCGGCCACAAGGAAGCGCACAUCCUGAGAGUCCUGCCGGGUUCCACGACCCGGCCCCGGACGGUGACUGUGAAGGUGGAGCUGAGCUGCGGAGGGGCAGACCCCGACGCCGUCCUCAUCCUGCAGGGCCCUCCCCACGUGUCCUGGAUCAUCGACGCCAACCACAAUAUACAGAUCUGGAGCACUGGUGAAUACUCCUUCAAGAUCUUUCCUGAGAAGAACAUCCGUGGCUUCGUGCUCCCAGAUACACCCCAAGGCCUGCUGGGGGAGGCCCGGAGGCUCAAUGCCAGCAUUGUAGCAUCCUUUGUGGAGCUCCCUCUGGCCAAUGUCGUCUCACUGCGGGCCCGCAGCUGCGGUGGUAGGCCGCAGACCUCACCUGCACCAGUCCCGACCACCUCUCCCAAGGACUACUGCAGCCCCACGAUGCUCAUGUCUAUGAUCCAGCCCAUAUGCACCGGUGAUGUCAUGACUGUGAUAAUCAAGAAAAAUAUCGUCACGGCUCUGCAUUGCACCCUCACAGCACUGACCUUCCGGGACCCCAGUUGCCAGGCUGAGGACAGCAAUGACCAGUUUGUUCUGCGCAGCAACUCCUCCAAUUGUGGCAUGAAGGUGACAGAAAAUGUGAUAAGCAACGAGGUGGUCAUCAACUUCCUGUCAAGCACAUCACCAGAGCGGAAACAAGUGUACUGCAUCAUCAUGGAAAGCCUCUCCUUCCACCUGGGUGUCUACCUCAGCUCUCACUUCCUCCAGGCCACCAACACCAUUGAGCUGGAGAAGCAGGGCUUCGUGCAGGUGAGCAUGUCCCCAUCAAUCCCUGAAAUCAUGUUCCAGCUAGAGAGCUGCCACCUGGAUUUAGGGUCUGAGACAGACAUCGUGGAACUCAUCCAGGGCCAGAAAGCCAAGGGCAGCUGUGUGACCUUGCUGUCCCCGAGUUCUGGUGGUGACCUGCGCUUCAGUUUCCUUCUCCAUGGCUACAUGGUGUCCACACCCACAGCUGGCACCCUCAGCUGCACCGUAGCCCUGUAUUCCAGGACCUUGCCUGUGAAAACAGACAGGACCGUCUCCAUGCACCUGAACAUCGUCAGCCCUGACCUCUCCGGCAAAGUCCUCAUCCUGCCCGCUGUGCUGGGCAUUACCUUCGGCGCCUUCAUCAUCGGGGCCCUGCUCACCGCCACGCUCUGGUACAUCUAUUCCCACACACGUCCCCCCAGCAAGCAGGAGCCCGUGGUGGCGGUGGCUGCCCCGGCCUCCUCAGAGAGCAGUAGCACCAACCACAGCAUCGGGAGCACCCAGAGCACCCCCUGCUCCACCAGCAGCAUGGCGUAGCGCACGGCCCGGAUCCCUGGGGGCCACCCAGCCAGCCCUCGCCCAGCGGGAGACACUGAGCCACCACCAGCUGGGAACCACUGGCCACAGACUCGUCCCUGGAUCCCAACCCCUCCACUCCACCAGGAUGGACUGUGCCAUCUGCACCUGCCCCUCCUGCCUCCCUCUCAGAGGGCCUGCUGCCAGCGGGGACACCAGCUUGGAACACCUUGGGGUCCCCCCACUGCACACCACAGCACCUUCAAACCCAGUGGGUCUGGGGCACGGCUGCCCAGGACCACAGAGAGAGAGACCACUGCUCUAUAUGUCCACAUUGUUGUAGGACCCCAAGUCCCUGUCUUUUUAACCUGGAUCCAGCCCUCACUGUACAGGCUAGGUGGGAUGUGAGACUUCAAACCAGAAAGCCCAGCCCCCAAUGGCACUUCCUCCACGGGAAUGGAAGAGGGUCCAACCUAGAACCACCUGGAUCUGCUCCCAGCGGCCUCCACAUCUGGACUGGCACAGCUUUGGCAGGGAAAGCAGAAGCCUAGGGGUGCCCAGCCCGGGAGCUCAAAAGAUGGUAGUAGGAGAGGCAAGGCCAGCUCCUCCUGCAACUGCCACACAGAGAACCCCUUCCAGCCCAGAUGGGGGGUGGCCUGGCCACCUGCCCUAGGCCCACCCCUGUAUACUCACCACCAAUAAAUCAGUCAUGAAUACCAGCA